GUAAUCACACCUCUACCAGAGACAAUUUUCCAACCUUAUACACAUUACGGUGGCCGUUCUACAUUACAAAUUCGGUUGAUAAAACCAAAUGACAUUUCAGAUCUCAGAGUUAUAAGGCAGUUGUUUAAUAGUUACUCAUUUACAAUGGAGGUCCUUGGUAAGGAUACUGUUUUGAAUUUAGCAGAAAAAGUCACAAAGACAAAGCAGUGGAAAGCAAAACUUAAUGAAGGAAGUAAGGUGGUAAUCAACACAAGAGGAAAACAUUGGAAAGAAAAUACAGCAAAGGAAGCCGCAAGGAAAUUGAAACCAGAGUGGAAAGAGCUUAUCAAGGUUCCCACAUAUUUAACCACACAAGAACCAGGCCGUGAGGACAAUGUGGUGUCUAAGGUGUUGACUCUGUUCCAACAAGCGACAUCUAUCUGUAGUUUAGAGGCAGAGCUGAUUUUUAAGGAUUAUUCAGUGACCGUGAGAACAUCUGGUGGACAUGAGCAAUUCGCUCGAUGCCGCCUCAUUCUAGACACGGAGAAAGGUAAAAUUAAGUUCAAAGUCCACAAGUCGGCCGCUCUUGCCCUGGUGGUACCUGGUGCCGUGACCAAAGCCGUGCUUGCUUUGAACACCGCCCUUAGUUGUCUUCCUCUUCAGACCAAGUCGUCAAUUGUCAAAGCGUUCGAUGCCAUCUUCAAAGUGCUCACAGCCGGGAGCUCCAUAGAUGACGUUACGACUCAGGAUGACGUCAGCAACGACGAAAUGUUCGAAGACGACGUCAUCGAUCCGGAAAAAGCUCCGAAUGAGGUAGCCUUCACUGCCCCUAGUAAGUUGUUUUCUACGAUCUUAAAAGUGGAUGUUGAGAUAAUAUGCCCAAGAAAUGUGGUCGUGGAGUUCAAGAAAAGAGAGAUCUUAGCUGCCUUGAGGAGACAGAGAGUGGUUCUGGAUGCGAAUCAAAGUCUGCAGAUCAUCAAAGAACCCCGCGUAAUUUUAAGAGGGAAACAAGUCCAGGCAGCAAUGACAGCUCUAGCCUUAUGGGUUUCGUCUUGUUCGCAAUUUAACGCUUGGCAAAAUACUUUUGAAGUUGUGAAAUGCUUGCAGAAAGCCCGCCCUUAAACGCACUGAACGAUCAAAUGAUAAAAAGGCUUUUUACAAGCACAAUGAUAAAAAUUUUGUGAUUCCUAGCUGUUUACCCAUGUUAAACUACGGCACUAAAUUGUUUUUUUUUCUUUUCCGUUGUUGCGUGUUAUUUCGUUCAGAGACCCCUCACCAGAAAACAUUUCUAAUAAAAGCCGC